AAGGAACAGUGAGAGCAUUUGUAACCUACGAUAUAAAAGUUAAUUUCUGUUGGUUCUGGUUUCUGUUGCCUAUUAAAAAGUAGGUACACACAAGCCAGAUGGUGACUUCAAUGGUGCGGUCCCAGCCGAUUGGCUUUGGAGGCACUGUUGGAAUAAAGAUUUCAAGAAUAUGGGAGAAGUUGCGCAGGUAAUUUAAUUCUGGUUUUAUAAAACAUAAUUUUUUUAAGAUACUCAUUUAAAGCGAAUCACAGCCGCCGAGGGAUCCUAAUGUCGCGCACCAAUCCCUACUAAUGUUCAGGUCCGGAUUCAGAGACCCAGGGCACCUAGGCACUUGGUAUGGCACUUAGUAUUUAGGGGGUGCCCCUUCUCCAUCUCAAAACCAUUGCUAGGUUGCCCGGGCCUUGUGGACCUAGGCGGAAAUCCGGCCCUGCUAAUGUUAUAAAUGCGAAUGUAACUCUGUCUGUCUCUCUGUUACCACUUCACGCUGAAACCGCUAAACCGAUUUAGAUGAAAUUUGGUGUGGAGAUAAUUUAACGUCCGAGGAAGAUGGUAGUUUUUAUCAAUCAGCAUCAUCAUUCUACGCAGACUAAGCUAACAAAAUUUCAAAAUCAGCUGGCGACGGCCUUUUUUGCUCUGACUCUACCGACAUUCUCUGUAUGUGUAGGUUUGGUCUGGAGUACUGUGACUUGCCGACGAUGUUGUCAAACGUUGCGACUCUACUGAGGGUUAUGGCGUUGAACUUCGAUGGAAAAGGAACUCCAAUAGCAUUCGUCGUUCUGAUGAUAAUCGGUACGAUCACGUACUUCUACGUGUACGUGUUCUCCGUAGUGUGGUACGUGUUCUGGCGCGAGACCGACGACAUCGUAGUGCUCAUGGUCAUGUGCUCAUUGAGCAUUUCCUGCAUCAUGUGUAUGGUUAAGUUCUUUUCUCUGCAUUUGAACAGAAAUUACGCAAAGAAGGCAUUUUUAUCAUACCUAGCAUUCGACAAGCGCAUAGACCGAGAGAGCCGAAUGUACCAGAAUCUUCUCAAGAACCUGCGGAUUGUGAAGCGCCGAAUCAUCUUUGUCUGGGUCAUGCUGGUCAGCAACGGCCUAAUGUAUGUGUUAAUGCCAAGCCUGCUACCUGGAAAGCAUUUAAUUCAAGACUUGCAAGUUAUUUACGGGCUAGAACCAAUGUUCGAAUCGCCAAACUACGAGAUAUCUUACGUUCUAGUGAGCACGUCAGUGAUACUACUGGUGUACGCGGAUACGACCGCCAACUGCCUUCUCUUCGUCGUCACAGGCUACAUAGAAGCACAAAUGACAGCCCUGAGCCAUGAGUUACUCUAUCUCUGGGCCGACGCCCAAGCAUUGACCUUCGAAGACGUUCACAAUGAAAAGAAACUAAGAAACCAAUAUAUUAAACAACAGCUAGUAUUCAUCAUUCAAGCACACGCUGCCAACUUAUCACUGUUACAAAUAACUAAAUGCAUUUUUAGCAACACCAUCGCCUUUGAAUUUGGUCUACUGGUGAUAUCUCUUAUAUUUGGAUUGCUAGGUGGAUUAGAGAACGCCUAUUGUAUGAUACCCUUCGAUUUAAUCCAGGCCUCUAUGCAUUGCUUCACAGGGCAGCGCCUCAUCGAUGCGAAUUUGACAUUUAAGGAAGCGGUGUAUUCUUGUAAGUGGGAGAAUUUUGAUGUACAGAACAUGAAAAUUGUGUUGGUUAUUCUACAGAAUUCGCAGACCAUGGUGCUUUCGGCGGGGGGCAUGGCGGAGCUCCGAUAUACUAGUCUUAUGGCAGUGUUUAAGGCUAUAUAUUCAGCAUACGCGGCGCUGCACUCCACAAUGCACGUUCAUAGACCAGGCCAUUAAAGGCUUAAUAGCAGUAUUGUAAAAGCAAGUUUACGAUAUUCAGUAAUUAAAAAAUAGAUAUAAAUGUUAGUUUUAUUCCAUAAUCUAAAAUACCUAAUAAACACACCUACACACUGUCUCGAAUAUAAGCAGUUGAGUCCUUAAUUUCUAAAUAUUCUUAAAUAAUAUUGUAAUGCUUUGGUCAAAACCUUGCUAGUGAACUAUAUUUGACGACUCAUUAUUUUUAGAAUAGAAUGGAAUAGAAUAAUUUAUUCGCAAGAAUAUGUAUGUACAAACAGUGCCCGAUUAACCAUUAAGCAAAAUAAGCACUUGCUUAGGGCACCACGUCUAGGGGGGCACCAAAAUCGUUAGCAAAAAAACGAGUAGUUUGUACAUGAACCUUUGUGCGUCGUGUAUAGGGCACGUAUUAAGCGCGUCUCCAACGCAGGCCUUUGCCCCUACGAGGAAGCCCAUUCCAUCAGGCUUGCAAUAUGCUGAUUUUUUCCUCAUACUUUACCCAUUGGUUCGUGGUUGAUUUUUGAUUUCCAGCAUUCUGCAAAUCUGUCAGCCUUUGGGCCAAAGGGCCUUACACCCAACGUAAAGCUCAGUUCUAGAAACCUACUUGUCUUCAACCCUACGUGGAGCUUGUUCUUCAGCCUUCUCGGAGUGUCGAAUUUAAUAGUAGAUCUACACUUUUGUCUUAAUUCAUAAUUAUGUCGUGUCCGAAUUUCGCUCUCUUGCAACUCGGCCUUCGGCUUCGCACCGAAGUCUUAACAGAUUUUCGAGGAUCGGAAUUUGUCACUCAUGCUGCCCGAGCUCUUGCACACCAGAUUGGUUUGCGACGUAUUGCACACGGCCAAGCUGCAGAGCCGCGAUCGUGCGACCUAAUUGCCAAAGUUUUAUUAUAAAAAGACUGAUGACGGAAUCAAAGGCUAAAGUGCAGGUUCGGGGCCCCACAAAGGUCGAAAACCAAAAGCAUACGGUUUUAUUUUAACCAAAGGUUUCCUUUAGCAGAAUUAAUCUUUGUUUUCCUAAGAUGUAAUUAAAAAGUGAUGCCACCCAGAUUUUUGAUUCAGGUUUAUUUCAGCUUCGGCGAAGUGGGUCAGUCGGAGGUCAAUAACUGUUUAAGUUUAGGUUCUAAGUUACGUUUGGUAUCAUUCUCGACAAAAUCUAAAAUGUAGAUCAUACCAAAUUUCAUUCAAAUAGGUGCAGCGGUUAUUGAUUCCCCACAUAAACUUCCACCCUCCUUUACACAUCCUUAGCGAUGAUUUUUUAGAUUAAAACUAUCCUGUCCUUUCUUGAGACUAAACUAAUUAUGUCUAUACCAAAUUUCAACUAAAUUGGUUCAGCGGUUGAAGCGUGAAGAGGAAUAUUAAAAAAAAUUAAAAUUUUACAUGUUUCCACUUCGGAAUGGUGUCAAUGUGAUACCAUACUCGUAAAUGAGUUCGAGACUCGAAAACGAUAACAAACAUAGCUAGUAAGCUUAACUGAUGUAGAUAUCAAGAUAAAGUUGAGAGCCCACCCCGUCCUCUAAAAAUGUACACUACAAAACUUGGUGGCUCCACUUCUUAACUAAAUCAACCUUUAGGUCCAAACUCCUAGGGGCCAAUCUUGCCAAGGGAAUCUUCGGUUCGAAACGCCUAUUUCAUCGGCUGCAAUUAACUCUAAUCAAGUGCC